UUUUUUCUACCUUGUCACCAACAAGCAGUAAUAGCUUAGCUGCCACAUUUUCAAUCGGAAAACCUAACUACGAAAUAUGAGGCAAUUCGAUCCAUGGCCUGUUUUCUUGCGUCGUGAAUGGAGCCGUAACUGGCCGUUCCUAGUUGGUUUCGCCGUCACCGGCGCUAUCAUCACCAAGAUGUCCCUUGGUCUAACUGAGGAAGAUAAGAAGAACUCUCGAUUUGCGCAGAAGCACAAGAAGUAA